AUGAUUGAUAUGACAGAAGAUAAACUGACACUGGUACCCACACUUGCACCUAAUUUCACAACUUAUCUCCUGAUGAUAACUGCAGUGGUAUCCAAAUCUUUUGAGAAGGCCAAGAAAUUUGCUGACAAAUUUAAAAUUCCAAAUGUGUAUGACAGCUAUGAAGAAUUUGCCAAAGAUCCCAACAUAGAUUUGGUAUACAUUUCAACUAUCAACAGUUACCAUCAUCCUCUCAGCAUUCUUAUGCUUAACAAUGGCAAACCUGUGCUGUGUGAGAAAACCUGUGGAAUUACCACAAAGGAUACAGAAGACAUGCUUCAACUUGCAAAGUCACAGAACCUAUUUUUCAUGGAGGCCUUGUGGUCCAACUUCUUCCCAGCCUAUGCAGCCAUUCGACAAGAAAUUGAGUCUGGAGCCAUAGGAAAGAUACGCUACUUAGAUGUAGAAUUUUUUGUUGACAUAUUUUCAAAGUCACGUAUUUCUGAGCACUCUUUGGGUAGUGGUGGUCUAUUGGAUAUUGGUGUAUAUACAAUAUGGCUUGCAAACUUCAUAUUCAGACAAAAACCUGAGACAAUUACAGCUGUUGGAACAAUUGCUGAUACAGGUGCCGACCAGUCUGCCAAUAUUAUUCUGACUUAUAAGGACAGUGCCAGAGCCUCUUUGUCCUAUGAUACUACUUUGAAUGGAAGAACUAACGCAUAUAUCUAUGGAACUAAAGGCAAAAUUUAUAUACAUCCACCGUUUUGGAGUACCACCAAAAUUGAGGUAAAUGGAGAAGAAAGAGAAUUUCCACUUCCCAAAUCUGAAGCACAGUAUAAUUACCUCAAUAGCAGUGGGUUAUCUUAUCAGGCCGAAUGUGUCCGCCAAUGUUUAGAGAAGGGUCAACUUGAAUGUCCUGCUCACACUCAUGCUGAUACUUUGUCAAUUAUAAACAUAAUUGAUGAGGUCCGACGACAAAUUGUAGAGAAACAUCAGAAGAACUAAACUUUUUGCAAAGAGGCAAAAAUGGAGGAUAAUAUCAUUGAAGAUUUGCCAAAGCAUUUUAAACAGUUUGAAAAGCUUUGGCAACACUUUCAAGUAAGAGCCUUACUUGAAAAGCUUUAAAAUUUCAUUGUCAUCUUUGAAAGAAAUAAACAUUGAAUGAGUGA